AGGAGCGGACACGAACACACACGAACACGGGUUUCCUCACACGCACAGACUUAUAUCCUCGGAGACCUGUUAUCAACGGGGAUAGACUGUGGUUCGUUUUUUGACGCAUUUUUACGCACGAACUUUUCUUGAAUCCCGUUCAGCUGCGGAUGUUUGGAUUGAGGUCAUGAUGGUGAAGAACUAGUUUCAGGGACGGGUUUUAGAUUUUCAUGGCUGGAUUGUGAAGUUUCUGGAGUUAAAACACACACAACCAGUACCGGAGAGCGCCUCCUCCUGAAGCAGCCACCGCCGCCGCAGAGAUGUCCAUCUCCGGAGUGAACUCGCAGUUCCCCCUGGCACAGCUUACUGAUCUCUAACCCGCACCGCCUGCGUGUGUGUGUGCGUGUGCGUGUAUGUGUUGUCCGGGUCCCGGUCUCAGCCAUGAGCAGCAUCACGGACCUGGAGCGCGUGUCUCUCAGCUCCUCCGCAAACUCCGUGGCCUCCUCCAGCGCGCGCACGCUGUCGGCCAACGUGCGCAAACUGCACAACGCGCUCAACCUGCUGCUGAGCGACUACGAGCGGGAGCAGUUCAUCCACUGCCUCAACGUCUACCACUCCAAGCGCAACGUCUACGACCUCGUGCAGACGCUGCACGUCAUUCUGGACGCGCCCAGCAAACGACAGCUGCUGCCCAUGCUGCGGCUCGUCAUCCCGCGCUCUGACCAGCUGCUCUUCGAGCAGUACACCUCCGAGGGACUCUACCUCAAGUCGGAGUUAGUCGCCACGACCAACGGCAGCGCAGAACCGGCCGCGGCCGACUUCCCGAUGCCCCGCGGAGCCAGCCCGACCCUGCCCUCAACGCACUUCACUCCUCCAGAGUUCCAGGUGGCGCUCCGGGGCUCUCCUGACACCCUCAGCAGCAGCAGUGACAGUGUAGCUCCGCUGGUGCCGCUGCUGGGCAGAAACUUCAUCCACGAGCCACCGGGGGCGCUGCGGCAGGUCAGCAUGAAAAGACACAAGAGCAACGAGGGGCUGGGCUUUAGCAUCCGUGGGGGGUCGGAGCACGGAGUGGGGAUCUAUGUGUCCCUGGUGGAGCCCGGGAGUCUGGCAGAGAAGGAGGGACUUCGUAUCGGAGACCAGAUCAUGAAAGUCAACGACAAGGUCUUUGACAAGGUCACGCAUGCAGAAGCUGUGAAGGUGCUGAAGGGCAGUAAAAAGCUCCUGCUCUCUGUUCGCUCCGUCGGCAGAAUUCCCGGGGGCUACGUCACCAACCAUGUUUACACCUGGGUUGACCCUCAGGGUCGCAGCGUGUCGCCUCCUCCUGACCUGCCCGAGCAUUGCAGUGCCACUGUGAAGAGAACGGAGAGUCAGAGACGCAGCAACAUGCAGCUGCUCCAGGAGGGAGACGAGAAGAAGGUCAACCUGGUUCUGGAUGAUGGACGUUCACUGGGGUUGAUGAUCCGGGGCGGAGCAGAGUACGCUCUUGGUAUUUACAUUACUGGCGUGGACCAGGGGUCAGCGGCCGAAUGUGGAGGACUUAAGGUUGGCGACCAGAUCUUGGAGGUGAAUGGCCGCAGCUUCCUGAGCAUCCCUCACGACGAGGCUGUCCGAGUUCUGAAGUCUUCACGACACUUAAUGAUGACGGUGAAAGAUGUCGGACGAGUACCACAUGCCCGAACAGUGGUGGGCGAGACCAAGUGGAUCGCCAGCUCUCAGAUCGCAGAGAGCUCCGCCGACAGCAGUGUGUCGGGGUUCUCAGUGGAACAAGGAGCAUCAGCAUCAGGGAAGCCGGGGUUUUACAAAGGUGUAGCGGGCUCACAGGUGACCCUGUCCAGUCUGGUGAACCAGUCCAGGGCCAUGCUGGAGGACAAAGCACGCCACCUGCUGACGGAGGCAGAGCGGCAGACCAUGGGUUACUACGUAGAGGAGUACAGAGAAGGACAUAUCGGAGCAGAGCAGCUGGUCAUGGCUCUGUUCGAGCUCCUCAACACACACGCAAAAUUCUCGUUGCUGUCCGAGGUCAGAGGCCUGGUGACCCCUCAGGAUCUGGAGUGUUUUGAUGGGAUGGUGCUCAGACGUGAAAUCCAGGCUCUGAAGGCCCGACAGAACAAACCCGGUUCCUCAACCCUGCAGCCAGACUCCCUGUCCAUGGUGUCCUACCCUGACACGCUCACCUCUUCUUCAGCUAGCUUCAUGACAAACACCACCCUCAGCUCAGCGCGGAACGACAGCAUGGUGGAGAGCAACGGUGAGGAUCCUCCAGAGAGUCUGAACACCCUGCUGACUGACAUCUCUCUGGAUGAUGUAGAGUCCGCCACUGCAGAAUCACCCCCCACCUUCAAGCCUCCACCCCCUCCAGGGGUCCACAGGCGACAGAGUAGACGAGAAAAGCUCAACAAAUGCCCCUCGUCCGAAUCUUCCCACUCGGGCUUGUACUUUACGGCCCUAUCUUCUCACAACCACAGCAGAGAGUCGGAACGACCACCAGCCAUACCCUCACUGCACCACAAACGAGACCGACCAAGGAAAGCGUCUCAGGACUACGCCACGGUCAGAAAGACCGUGCCGUCCAAGAAUGAACCCCUAAAUCCUGCCCAGUUGUCCUCAGUCACUCAGCACAACAUCGGUCCUUUCCCCCGGGUCCAGUCCCCCUGCAGGGCCACCAAACCUACCAAACCUGCCACCCCUACACCUUCACCUCCACCUCCACCUCCACCUCCACUGCCUGCUCCUCAUCCACCUCCAUCUCUGCAUCUUAAGCCCUUGUCUAUAUCCAAAACUCCCCCAGUUUCCCCUCCAAGCUCUAAAGCACAGUUUGUUACAGUGGAGGUUCACAGGCCAAACGCGGAACCCGACGUCAACGAAGUGAGGCCCCUCCCUCAAGCUAGAGGUGGCGCCCUGUCUCAGCUGUCAGACAGCGGGCAGACCCUCAGUGAGGACAGUGGCGUGGACAUAGCUGAGACAGGACACGUCAACAAAGUCAGCAGCCCCCAUACUUCACGCACUCGCCUCCCCCAAGACACCCAGGGAGGCAGGGGGGACAAGCCCUCCAAACCGCCAGGACUGUUGGAGCCCACGUCUACAUUAGUCAGGGUGGCAAAGAGUGCCAGCACCCUUGGCAUUGCCAUCGAAGGUGGAGCCAACACUCGACAGCCGCUGCCAAGAAUCGUCACAAUACAGAGAGGUGGAUCAGCUCAUAACUGUGGACAGCUGAAGGUGGGUCAGGUGAUCUUGGAGGUGAACGGGGUUUCCCUGAGGGGGCGUGAGCACAGGGACGCAGCACGCCUCAUUGCCGAAGCCUUCAAGACCAAAGAGAGGGAUUACGUGGACUUCUUAGUGACGGAGUUUAACGUGGCGCUAUAGCCAAAAGGAGGAGGAGAGCGAGGAAAAGGUGUGAGGAUGUGGGUGCGAACUCGGAAUAAAAUGGCACAACACAAGACAGAAUGCAGCCACCGCGUUUCCCAUCGUCCCUCCGAGUACAGACAAAGGAAACCUAAAUUUAAAGAUUCGCCCCCACCUCCCAUUUCCAACUGUCUCACCUUACCCCACGAUGAAAUACAACGACAGAUUACUUUAUCCUGAGUUUCUGUAGCACUCCCUUGAUCCAUCGCUCUGAUUAUUCAUUUUAUUUUCUUAUUUAUUUUAUUUAAUGACUUAUUUAUGUCUCUUCUUUCGCUGAACGUCUGAGACUUCCUGUUUCCCGUUGGUGGGUUUGUUCUGUUACUGUAAAAAGAUCUGAACAAAUGUAGAUACAGAUGCAUAUACGAUGUACACACAAAGAUGCUCCUAUAUGAAUUCUAAAAACCCUGUAUCCUCUGUUGCAUCAACAUAAAGUGAUAUAUGG